AUACAUAGAGAGAUUGCAAAACAAAUACACACAAACAUAUAUCAACAUUGAUAUAUCCUUAACAAACCAUGAAACCUACUUUACUCGCCACCCUCCCUUUCCUCCUCUUUGCCCUAACCACCUACUUUCCAUUACCCUUUACUCAAGGUGUUGAACAAGUGAAGGAUAAAAAUGGAAACCCCAUUCUUGUGAGUAAGAAAUACUUUAUUUGGCCAGCUGAUGGAAGUGGUGGUGGACUUAGGCUUAAUGAGACAGAACAAUGUCCACUUGUUGUACAACAAGCUUUUUCUGAGGAUGUUAAAAGCUUGCCACUAAAAUUUAUACCAACAGAAAACAUCAAUGAUUUCAUCUUUACUGGCUAUACAUCACUAGAUAUUGUGUUUGAAAAGAAGACAAAAUGUGCUGAAUCCUCCAAGUGGGUGGUAGUUAAAGGUGGUUUCAUGGAACCAUGGAUAGGUAUUGGUGGUGGUGUUAAUGGUAAGAGUGUUAUAGAUGGUUUGUUUAAGAUUGAGACAAUUAGGAGUUUUCGUGGAUACAAGCUUGUGUUUUGUCCCACCAUCAGUGAUCCAACUGGUCAGUGUAAUAAUAUUGGAAGAUUUUUUGAUAAUGAGAAUGGACUGCGUUUGAUCAUGAGCGAAAAUUUUAAACCUUUUGAAGUUGUAUUCGUUGAUGUUGAAGAUACUGCUGGAUUCGGAAGAUCUGUAGUUUGAAUAAAAAAAUUCAACCCUUUGAAAUUGUAUUCGUUGAUGUUCAAGAUGCUUCUCGAUCCGAAGAUCUGUAGUUUAAAUAAAAUUUCCAAUCAAGUAUUCAAUAACAAGUUAGGCUUACGGUUUUUAAAACCUUUGCUUUGUAUUUCGUCAUGAUUUAGUGUGGGGUCUUUUUGGUGGGUCGAUUAUCUAAAUGCUUUUUCGGACUUGUAGUUUAAUUAAUCUUUGUACUUUUCACCCUA